GCUUCUUUUUUUUUUUUUUUGAAUGUUUCUUGCCUAUGCUUCAACGGCUAUACGUAAAUUGUCUCUUCCAGAUAUAUCUUUUGAUGCAAAGUUCUCUACUUUAUCUAAUAAAGGGAAAGAGAAACAACUGUUGGAAUCCUCUGAUGAAGAAGACUCUCAGGGAGAGGUCCAAGCAGACUUUGAGUUCUUUGACCCUAAAGCUACAGACUUUCAAGGAGUCAAGAUCCUCCUACAAAACUAUCUUGAUGACAAGGAGUGGGAUUUGAGUGGUUUUGUGGAUUUGAUAUUGGAUCAAACAACGGUGGGAACUGUGGUCAAAGUAGCAUAUGAUGAGGAUGAUGCAUUAUUUGCUCUUGUCACUGCUCUUAACUUGGCAAGAUACAAGGCAAGUCAUGACACUAAGUGCUUUAGAGAGCUACAAGAGUUUCUUCUCAAAGUUUGUUCGGAGAAGAAUGUAGCUAGUGAUCUAGAACUACUCUUAGAGAAAAAGGCGAAAGAUGUUGGUUUAUUGGUAUCUCAAAGAGUGAUGAAUCUUCCUCCACAACUCCUUCCUCCACUAUAUGAUGGAUUGUUGGACGAAGUCUCAUGGGCAACUGAAGAUGAGCCUACAGAAGAGCUUCGAGGGUCAUUCCGGUUCAAGUCAUAUAUUCUAAUCACUAAGAUUUACAAGUUGAAGCAUCCCAAGCAGAGGAAACCUUGUCGUGGUGAAAAAGAGAACGAGGAAACAAUAUUCCUUAAGCCUGAAGAUGAAAUUUUUCUCGAGCUUAGCUCUUGGUCCUUUACAUUCCCUAUACAGUCGCAGCUCGUUACAUCUCAAGAGUUGAAGAAUUAUCAGUUGACGGGUCUAGUGAUGGUUGUGGAGGCACAAAAGAUUCCUGAAUUCAGACAGAAGUUGAAGUCUCUCAUUGAUGAAUAAUCCACUUCUUCUUCCUAAAGAUUCGGCUCACCGGUCAGUUGUUUAUAGAUCUCCACCAGUUUUGAUGAGGUUAUUACAGUGCUAGGUUUUGUUGUUCUCCGGCUUUCUUCCCCUGCAUAUUACUGGAACUGAGACAAUGUCUAAUACCUUUUUUUUUGGGCUAAAGGGUUUAUUAUAUGAAACAAUGUGAAAUGCUAUCAAUGAUUAUAAAUUGUAAGAGUUGGA